AUGGAUCUGCUGUGUUCAGACACUCAGAUCAGCGGGGCUUGUAAUGACACCGAGCACAGAUUCGGAUCAGCACAGGACUCACACUGGUGCUAUGAGUGCAGGGGUUUGGGGAGUUACUGUCCGGAGAAACCAGUGUUCUGUCCCAUCGGAUUCUCCAAGUGCAUGAGUACAACAACCAUAUUACAAAUCGGUGACACAGCUAUAAAAAUGAAGCAAAAGGAAUGCAUUGAAGACUGUCAAGACAGCUCGGUGAACUAUGGGAUAUUAAAGACGCGUUUCUCCUGCUGCAGCACUCGUCUCUGUAACUACAGAGAUGCUCCAGAUCCCAGGACUAACGCUCCCAAUGGAAGGACAUGCUACUCCUGCGAUGGACAGAGCUGCUCAAACACCGUCAGCUGUUCAGGGACUGAAGACCGCUGCAUUACAGCAACUGUGACUUACAGAGGCCCGCCAAUGCUUUUCAAAGGCUGUGCCUCUAAAUAUAUUUGUGGGGCCCUAAAAUGUUCUUUUAUUCACAACGUCUCAUGUUGUGAGGGGGACCUAUGUAACGGGGAUAAGAGGGUCAAUCAGGCGGUCACCCAGGGGUUCAGAAAUAACGCUGAUGAAAGUGUUAACCAAAGCGUCACCCAGAGCCUCCUCCAGAGCUUCAUGUAUCCAGGAGCUAAGAGUGUCACCAAGAGACUCACGUACAACGAUGCUAAGAGAGUCACCCACAGCAUUGUGAAUAACCAUGGUAAAAGAGUAGGGCCGAAUGUCAGGUAUAACAAUGCUAAGAGCGUCAGUCAGAGCUUCCUGUUCCUCUGCUGUUCUCUGCUCUUCUACUUCCUGUGACUCUGAAUCCAGCAGCUCCUCAGAUUCUACGAGACACUGAAUAUACAGCUCAUGCUUCUGCUGCGCUCUCUUGGUUGUAUUCUUGUACUAUCAUUUUAUAAAAUGAAAUCCUUCGCCUUGCUAAUAAAGCUUGGCAUGCUGGAAAGACGUCUACUACUGCAGUAAAAGAUUAUUACUUACAAAAAUCAGGUAAUCAUGUUCAGAAGAGACAUGCAUGAAAAUCAUUUUGAUUAUUAAAAGCAGCAAAAAUCAAAUCUGUUUGGUUUUUCAUGAGUUUGUAUUAAUAUUUGCAUUUCCACAAUCAGUAACAGAUGAUAAAGUCAAAAAGAGAAAAAGAAUCAGAUGAGAGCAGUAAUUUCACAAAUGCUUUUGUCUAAUUUAUCCAAUAUCUUUUACGUGUGUAAUGAGCAUACAUCAAGUGAUGAGA